CACCGCCUCUCUCUCUCUCUCUCUCUCUAUUUUCUAUGUCAAUUCGAAGGAAUAUUUUCCCUUUAAAUUCUAAACAAUCUUCACGUUUUUCUUAUUCUCCGGUUUGAAAGCACAGCAAAAAAGGAAAAUAAACUUCAAUGGAACAUAAUCUCCGGCUGAAUUUUCCUGCUCCGGCUCCGGAUCCGGAUCCUUUGGCCUGUCUCAAUGAGUUGACUCAGACGAACUCGGAAUCAUCCGCCUCUGGUGUAACCAUUGAGAGCUUCCGAGAUCCUACUGCUAAUGCAACACCGCAGGGUGAAACUAUGGUUUGGACAAACAAGAAGCACGAUUCGUAUCUUGGGUUCUUAGAGGCAUCAUUUGUUAAGCAGUUGCAUUAUUCUAAUAGUUUGCGAGGCUGUCACCCACGAGAGGAAAUGUGGGAGCCAUGUCCAACUCAAUUCUGUGCCGAAGUACAUAAUUCUUCUCAUCAGUUUUUGGCUCUACAAGGUGGCCGCUACCAGAAGAGCUAUGACCCGUUGUUGGACAGCACUGCUGAUUCUAGAGGUAACCGGGAAAGUCUGUUACAUCAUUUUACGUCUGAAGGCAAAAGAAGCUCAAAAACAUUUUCUCUUUCAAGAGAAACUUUGGUUGCCGAUGGUGGAACGUACUCGAGAAGUGACAUGUCCUUAGGUGGCUGCACCACUGUGGUUUCGGAUCAGAAUUUUGUCGAUGAAGACCAAAGAGAAAAGACCAGUUGUGUCUCUAGGGUGUAACGCUCGAAGAUGAACACAAUAUAUGAUGCUUCAUCUACCGAAAGUCCAACGUUCAAUACUUUCUAAAGAAGAGUCGACUUUCGACUAAUGAAUCGAAAAUAAAGAUCAAUGAUACAUAUAUUUGGCCGUGAGAGAAAUUCGGCAAGUUCUCACCCGGUGCUCUUUUCAUGAAGAACGCAAAUACAAAUGGAUGGAGAAAACAUGGUGAUUUUGCAGUUAGAAGAUUUGGUAUAGAUAUAGAUGGAAUUCUUUUGUCUUUUUUGUCCUCUAUUAUUAGAUCCGAGCUGUGAGCUCCUCUAUGCCUAACUUGCAUGCUAAGUUAUCUUCUGCCGGGUAUAUGAAGUUUAUGAUAUGUGUAAAAGAUUAGGCUAUUCCGAUACA